AUGUCGAGAGGAAACGGCGGAUCUCGCUUCGAGGCGACUGCAGAUCUAAGCGAGCUGCUUUCCAUCGCAGAGGAUACUAUCCUCGCCUGUCUACGAGAGCGAUAUUUAGCCGACAAACCAUACACCGCGAUCGGUUCUUCCGCACUCGUCUCGCUCAACCCCUUUAAGCACCUGGAGAUCAACGACGACACAACGCUUCAGCUGUAUGCCGAAGAGUACCGGCAUGUUGGAGAUGACGAUAGCUCUUUGGGGCACGAAAACGAUAGACACGAGAGAAGGCUGCCGCCCCACGUCUUUGGAUUGGCGAACAACGCUUACUACCACAUGAAGAGGACGGGCCAGGACCAGAGCAUCGUGAUCAACGGAGAAACCGGUGCUGGCAAGUCGGCGAUGAGGAGGUUGAGUAUCAAGUCCAUCAUCGAGUUGAGCUUGAGCAACGCGGGCAAGAAGGGGGCCAAACUGGGAUCGCAGAUCCCGUCUGCCGAGUACAUUCUGGAAUCUUUCGGAAGCGCUCGAACCCAUCAAAACGCAAAUGCAUCCCGGUUUGGCAAAUACACCGAGUUGCAAUUCAGCACUCGAGGUCGGCUCGCCGGAGCCAAGACCCUCGCAUACUACUUGGAGAAACCUCGAGUCUCGGCACCGCCUACGGGAGAACGCAACUUCCACGUCUUCUACUAUCUCGUCGCUGGUGCUUCGCCAGAAGAGAGGAACCAUCUUUUGCUGGAUGAAAACACCCAGUACCGCUACCUCGGAACCAAGUCGCCUUUCGAUCGUAGAGGGGCUGAGGCAAGCGACGAAGACGAGCUACGUUUCCACCAGCUACAGGCCGCAUUCAAGGCCGUCGGUCUGUCCAAGAGGAAUGUCGCUCAGGUUUGUCAGCUUGUAGCUGCGAUCUUGCAUCUGGGCAACAUCGAGUUUGUAUACGACAAGGGCCGAAACGAGGAUGCGGCCGUAGUCAAGAAUGUCGAUAUCCUUCAACUUGUCGCGGACUUCUUGGGAGUCCGAGCGGAAGAUCUUGAAGGCGUGUUUUCAUACCGAAGCAAGAUGCUAAAGAAGGAGUUAGUGACCGCUUUCCUCGAUACCGAUGGCGCGGCAGCGAAUCGAGAUGAAUUAGCCAACACGCUAUACUCGUUGCUGUUCACCUGGAUCACCGAGCAUCUCAACCAGAAGCUCUGCAAGGAUGACUUUGCUAGCUUCAUCGGGCUGCUUGAUUUCCCAGGAUUCCAAAAUCUCGCCGGAUCCGUGUCGAAGAACAACUCGCUCGACCAGUUCUGCGUCAACUACGCCAACGAGAGGAUGCAAAACUGGAUCUUGCAGCGAGUCUUCAACGGGAUGACCGACGAGUUUGCUCAGGAAGGGUUGACAGGCCUGUCUCCCCCUGUAGCCUUUUUCGACAACUCGGAAUGUUUGCGUCUGAUGGACAAUCAGCCUGGUGGUCUGAUACACAUCACCGAUGACCAGGCCAGGCGUGCACCGAAAAAGACGGAGCACACCAUGGUCGAGGCCUACGCCAAACGUUGGAGCAACCAUGCCUCGUUCAAGCUGAGCGGGAUGGACAGGACCGGCUUCCCUACCUUUACGGUUAGUCACUUCACGGGUCCCGUCACCUACUCGACCGAAGCCUUCUUGGAGAAGGACGCCGACGUCAUCAAUCCCGACUUUGUGUCGCUCCUCCGAGGCAACCCGGCCGACGAGAAGCAACGGAACAGGCGCAACGUUGGACAGGUCAUCCCAGGUGCUACCGAGAGCACCGGUUCCUCAAACCCUUUCGUACAAGGCCUGUUCACAAACAAGGCUGUAGCCACCGAGGUACAUCCUCAUGACGAGGAGACCAUCGUGGCGGCUCAGCAGUCAGUCAAGCCGAUGCGUGCACCUUCGAUGCGCCGAAAGGGUAGGGGAAUCGCUCGGCUAGCCUCUGUCGGCGAGGAGGGCGAUGCGGAAGCGGCACAAGGAGAAGAGAGUGCCGACGUGGGUGGAGGCAACAACGAGGCGCCUGCCCGUGGAAUUCGAUGCGUUUUGGGGGAGUUCAAAUCCUCGAUGGAUGUCCUUUACCAAGCUUUGAACGAGACGCGGACCUGGUAUAUCUUCUGCCUCAACCCCAACGACGCGCAUUUGCCGAACCAGGUUGAGACACGGGGACUUCGGGGACAGGUUCGGUCGUUUGGUAUGCCCGAGUUGGCCAAAAAGCUCAAGCAUGUGUACGAAGUCAGCAUGACCCACGAGGAGGCACGAGAGCGGUAUGCGGCAGAGUUGAACGGAUACGGCAUCUUACAUGGAGGAUCUUCGCCACCUGGGGAGUCCUUGAAGAAACUGCUUGCCGCCAAGGGCUGGAACGAGGAUGAUAUGGCAGUCGGAAAGUUCAAGGUCUUCCUAUCUCAACGAGCUUUCCACAAGCUCGAAGACAAACUCAGACUGGAAGAUGAAGAUCCGCGGGAGCGAGAAAGGCCCGUCACCGUUGCGUACUUGUCGGCGGGCGAGCAUCGUCCGGAAUCAGAAAUGUUUGGCGCUCGAAGCGCGGAUCAACCUCGCAAGUCUGAUCUGUACGAGAACCCUUACAUGGAGAACACCUCGCAGGCCGCAUUACCUUUGGUCGCUCACCAAGGCUAUGCCGAGACUCCUGCCUCUGACGCCGGUGAUGCUUACGACGACCGGAAGGAUUUGGACUACGAGACCGAUCGAUACACCCGGUACGGCGAUACUGCUUCCUUCGUAGGAACCGAAGCCUAUGCGCCAUCGAAGAAUAUGUUUUCGGCUGUCGAUCAGAAAGAUCGAGGGCUGGCAGAGAAAGAGGUUCUCAACGCUCCUCAGGAUGGAGAGACAGCCGAGGAACUCAAAGAAACCCCUUCGCGCCGACGUUGGCGUUUGCUUUGCGGCCUCUUGACUUUCUGGAUUCCCGGCUUCUUGCUGAGCUGGCUAGGCAAGAUGAAGCGCCCCGACGUCCGUCAAGCUUGGAGGGAGAAGCUGGCUAUCAAUAUCAUCAUCUGGUUCAUUUGCGGCUGCGCUAUCUUCGUAAUUGCUGUGCUGGGCAACCUUAUCUGUCCGCGACAACACGUCUACAACAGCGGAGAGCUCGCGGAACACAACUACAAAGACAGUCCCAAUAGCGUCUAUGUUGCUAUUCGAGGAGAAGUCUUCGACCUUACUUCUUAUGCACCAAGCCACUUGACCGUUACUCAAGUCGUUCCGACCAAGAGCGUGAUGCAAUUCGGCGGUAUCGAUGCGAGCAGUCUUUUCCCCGUUCAAGUUUCGGCAUUGUGCGAUGGCGUCGACGGGACUGUUAGCCCAUGGGUCACCCUCGAUUCGACCAAUACCACCAACGUCUAUUCGCAGUACCAUGACUUCCGAGCCUACACCAACGACUCUCGGCCUGAUUGGUAUUUCGAACAAAUGGUUAUGCUGCGUUACAAUUACCGACUUGGAUUCAUCGGAUACACGCCCAAGGAAAUUCGCUCUAUGGCUUCCGCAGGCCGAGCCGUAGCGAUCUACAACGGUCUCGUUUACGAACUGUCCACAUAUAUCGCCCAGGGCGGCGGUGGUUUCAAACCGCCGACUGGAUACCAGUUACCAUCGGGCACCGAUAGGCAGUUCAUGUCGGACCAGGUCGUCUCGAUGUUUCAACAGAAUUCCGGUAAAGACGUUACCAAGCUGCUUGACGAUCUCUCUGGGACGAUUGGGGCAGACGUCGUAUCAAGACAGAAGACUUGCCUGAGAAACCUCUUCUUGAUCGGGAAAGUCGACAAUCGAAACUCGGCGCAAUGUCAAUUCUCCAAGUACAUUCUGCUAGUCCUCUCUAUCAUCAUGGUCGCCAUCAUCGGAUUCAAGUUCCUGGCCGCGUUGCACUUUGGCUCCAGUCGGGCUCCGGAGGAUCACGACAAGUUCGUCAUCUGCCAGAUUCCGUGUUAUACCGAGGGAGAAGAAUCGCUCCGGAAGACGAUUGAUUCCUUGGCCAGGUUGAGGUAUGAUGACAAGCGCAAACUUUUGCUCGUGAUUUGCGAUGGGAACAUCGUUGGCGCCGGCAACGAUCGACCGACCCCUCGAAUCGUUCUGGACAUUCUCGGCGCAGACCCAGCUUUGGAUCCCGAACCGCUAUCCUUCCUCUCUCUCGGAGAUGGAGCGAAGCAGCAUAAUAUGGGCAAGGUUUACUCUGGGUUGUACGAAGUCGCUGGACAUGUGGUCCCUUACAUGGUCCUGGUGAAAAUCGGGAAACCGAGCGAACGUCAACGACCAGGGAACCGUGGAAAGCGAGACUCGCAGAUGGUAGUGAUGCACUUCUUAAACAAGGUUCAUUUUGAUUCUCCCAUGAACCCCCUCGAACUCGAGAUGUACCACCAAAUUAAGAAUGUCAUUGGUGUCAACCCGACAUUCUACGAGUAUCUGUUCACUGUGGACGCCGAUACUACCGUUGAAGAACUGGCUUUGAAUCGUUUGGUCUCCGCUAUGGUUCACGACAAAAAGAUUAUCGGUGCUUGCGGCGAAACAGAAUUGGCCAACCCCAAGCAGUCAUUGAUUACUAUGAUGCAGGUAUACGAGUACUUCAUCUCGCAUCACCUCACAAAAUCAUUCGAAUCUCUCUUCGGAUCGAUCACCUGUCUGCCCGGUUGCUUCACCAUAUACAGGCUGAGGGCUCCCGAUACACACAAGCCUCUAUUCGUUUCGCAACAAAUCAUCCACGAAUACCAGGAAAACCGAGUCGACACGCUCCACAUGAAAAACUUGCUGCAUCUCGGAGAAGAUCGAUACCUCACGACUUUGAUCCUCAAGCACUUUCCGACGCACAAGACCAAGUUUGUGAGGGAUGCGCACGCGUUUACCGUCGCUCCUGAUGACUGGAAGGUCUUGCUCUCCCAACGUCGGCGAUGGAUCAACUCGACCGUACACAAUUUGGUAGAGUUGACGACUGUCGAAGGAUUGUGCGGUUUCUGCGGGUUUUUCGGUAUGCGUGCCAUCGUCUUCAUCGACCUUCUGAGCACGAUUAUCGCACCGGUCACUGUGGCCUAUCUCGGUUACCUUCUUUACGUCAUCAUCCACCAAGGAGGCACUAUUCCGACUCUCAGUAUUAUCAUGUUGGCCGCAAUUUAUGGGUUACAAGCCUUGAUCUUCAUAUUCCGCCUGCGAUGGGACAUGAUCGCGUGGAUGUUUUUCUACAUCCUCGCGAUUCCCAUUUUCUCCUUCUUCUUGCCUCUCUACUCUUUCUGGUAUAUGGACAACUUUGCCUGGGGUAACACACGAGUCGUGCUAGGAGAGAGCGGUAAGAAGGUGGUAAUUCACGACGAGGGCAAGUUCGAUCCGAGGUCGAUUCCCGAGAAAUCAUGGCGCGAAUACGAAAACGAACUUUGGGACAACGAUAAUGACAACCACUCUAUCGGAAGCUGGGUACCCGAGAAGCAGCCGUUCGCCGACUCGAGAGCGCCCUCCUUCUAUGGACAGCGCACGGAUUACGCACCGUCCCACAUCUCCCCUUCUGCCUCGCAAGCCAAUCUGCGUGGCAUGGCAGGAAUGCAUUCGCGUUCACCUUCUGGGUAUGGAUUUGCACCUUCGGGUUACGCUGAUGAUGCAAGAAGCAUGGCGGCUCCUUCAAUGUAUGGAGGUGCUGGAUCUAUGCACAUGGGCACACAGGGCUACGAUCAGGCGUCGAUCUAUAGCGGACAUCCAGCUCAACGAGAUGCAUAUAACCACCAGGAUCAUCUCGGAGCUCAAUACCCUAUGCCAGGCGGCAACGGCACGCCGACGGGGGCUUUCCCCUCCUCUCGACCGAGCUCGAGAUUCCUGCCGGACAACUCGCCGGGCGGUGGUGAUGUUACGGACGGGCAGCUAGAAGUCGAGAUCCGCAACAUUUGCCUGGCAGAUGGGACCGACUUGGAAACUCUCACGAAAAAGAGCGUCCGCAGGGACCUCGAGAAGCGAUUUGGAACGGACUUGACGAGCAGAAAAGACUUCAUCAACAAGACCAUCGAGAAGGUCUUGACGGGUGCUUAA